CCAGCUGUGAAGCGUUAGCAAAUAAUCUUUUUAAUGGUUUUAUGAAAUAAAACGCGGCUCACUGCAAUGCCUCCGGUGAAUCAACGUGGAAAAGGAAAUAACAGGGACGACAGUUAUCGCGACCACAGAAAUAAAAAUAACGAGGCCGUAAAAAAGUCAAGAUUUAAAUCUAAACAGCGCUCUGAGGAAACCUCUACAAGAGUCAGCAAAUUAAAAGCAGAGAACCAAAUUUUAGAGGAGAAAGUUAAAUCUUUGACAAAGGGACUACAACUGUUAAAAGAACUGUUUUUGGCUCAUACUUCUCGUACACAGAACAUUACAAAUGACGGCACUGAUUUGGAGACUAUUCUUCAAGAUAUUCCAGACGAAAAAAACGACGCAUAGCGAAAAAAUUACUUAUUUAUAGUAAAAGAAAAUAAUAUUAAAGAC